AAGUUUGAUAAAUUUUCUUCAUUUUAAAGAACAAAACUGUGCUAUCGAAACGAAUGACGACACCAUGACUAACAACAACCAACAAUACCUAUCGAUGGUCAACCAAUUGUGCGGUAAAAAUCGUGAACUGCAGUCCUUGCGUAAAUCAGGAGUUCUUUAUCGACGUGCCGCGCGUUUGCUGACCAAAUCCGAUCAUCCCGAGAGCAUCGUGAAAGUAAUCACCACUUCUGAUCCGCAGUUGCCAUCUGCGUCGAAGCAGAUUGUCCUGUUUCCUUCUGGUAGUACUGGUAAAAGCCCGUUGGAAGAAACAGAUGAAACGUUUUUUCUCGAGGUUGACGAUUAUGAGGUGCAAGGAGAUUUGGAUAACAUUACGGCCGGCCCCAGUAAACCGCAAGUUACAAAUUCAACCACAUCUUUUACUUCAACAUCCGGUACUGCUAGCACCGCAGCUACCAGACCAAGGCAAACCGUAGUGCUGGCAUCUACUCCCGCCAAGGUGUUGAAGAACAUAAAAUCUGAACCCGAUAACACCGCAAUACUUAUAACCAAACAAAUGCUCCGAGAAACGGUAAAUGAAGCUGUAAAAGAAGCCAUCAAACCUUUACUCAGCCGACUCACUACGAUCGAAGCAUCGAUAGGAUCAGUCUUCAAGGCGGUCGUUACUCCACCUACGGGUAGUAAUCAAUUGGAAGCCUUCGAAUUUGUACAAAUUGACAGCGCUCAAGGGAUUGAAGAAUUCAACCAGCAGCUGGGAGAAAACGAGGAGUUCUUCAAAGAUGUCCUCAAUUGGCUGCAAGCGCAUAUACUCGUGGCCGAUAGCAGAAAAAGGAUGUCAAAGGCUUUGAAGGCACUGUUCACGCCGGAGGUUAUGUGUUGCAUAUCGUGGACGGGACGAGGGACGAAGGGUGUGAAACUCGCCAUGUCGCGGCAAAGGGCUAUAAUAGAUUUGUUUAAAAAAAUAGGCACGACAGUCCUAUCCAUUGUAGACGAGCGUACGGUAGCCGAUUUUUUCAUUUUAAAAUUAAGAUAUGCGAGCUUUAAUUUGACCAGAAAGCUAAACAACACCCAAAGUGAUGAGAAUUGAUUGAAUUGAUGCGAAUGUAAGGAAAGGCAAUACAUUGGUUCAUUUUCUUCGAGAUCGAUAUUAUGUUACUGAUUAUUUUUAAAUUAAAAUAAAUGAUUUUCCACC